AAAACUCACCAGACGAAGCGGUUUUCACUCAAGCAACGUGCCAGACUGUAAGCUGUGGGCUGGGCGUUUUGUGAUAUGAAACUGAAGUUAGAUUUAAAAGGCAAAAAAAGAGUUCACGUACAGCUAUAUAAAUAAAUAAAUCGAACUUAAGGAUAUGACCUAACGACGUAACUAGUGAGUAAGAGGAUCACCUCAUUCUUCAGAACGACAUUAUUUGUGCAGUGAGCACUUUCAUUAUUCAUGGUGAAGUUUUAACUGGAGAACGAGAAUUGUUGCAUAUUUCACGCAGUGCCAAACAAAUGCCAAGACUCGACGGACAUUUUUGGAGCUGCUCCGGGACCCAAGAACAGCCCAAGAGCCAGUCCGCUAUCACAAGUCGCCUCAGGGUUCCCAGAACUGGAGAUAUGCUCACUCUGAUCACAUCCAUCCUAAACCAGGCAUACGGCUCCUUGCUCAAUCUGCAAACCGCUCAGCUGCUUAGACGAGGCUUCGUGCUCUUCACCGUGGGAGUGUUAUUUGCUCUUGUCUUGAAUCUGCUGCAAGUUCAACGAAACGUGACUCUGUUUCCUGAGGAGGUAAUUUCCACCCUCUUCUCCUCUGCCUGGUGGGUCCCCCUCUGCUGCGGCACCGCUGCGGCUGUUGUGGGAUUGUUGUAUCCAUGCAUAGACAAACACCUGGGAGAACCGCACAAGUUCAAGAGAGAAUGGGCAAGUGUCAUGCGAUGCAUCGCAGUCUUUGUUGGUAUCAACCAUGCUAGUGCAAAAUUGGAUUUUGCCAACAACAUUCAGCUGUCACUCACAUUGGCUGCUCUGUCACUGGGGCUGUGGUGGACAUUCGAUCGCUCCAGAAGUGGAUUUGGCCUUGGAAUUACAAUAGCUUUUCUUGCUACUUUGAUCACACAAUUUCUUGUAUACAAUGGUGUUUACCAGUACACAUCACCAGAUUUCCUUUACAUCCGUUCAUGGCUGCCAUGUAUAUUUUUUUCGGGUGGAGUUACAGUUGGCAACAUUGGAAGACAACUUGCUAUGGGCGCACAAGAGAAACCUCACAAGGACUAAAAUAAACAGGGACACUGUCAGUUUGGAGAAAAUCUGAAAUGCUGAAUCUUAUUUCUCUCUGCACAAAUCCCAGCAACAAGAAGUUGAACCAUUAAGUUGAGCCAUGCUGUGUGCGUGCAGUGUUCGCAAGGAGAAGCUGGUGUAUAUCCUCAUUAGUAUGACUUGAACAUGUUCACCUGAACCAAUGAGACAAGAAGCUUAAAGCAGUUCAGUGGUAUACUUCAUGUGGAUCUGAGUGCCAAUCUUUAAGGGGUAUUAAUUAUCUUGGGCCAAAGUUUUAGCUUAAAUGCUGGCUUUCAAAGUGAAAGCAGUGUUGUUCACUUAGUGUACUGCUUCUGUAUUUUAGAAAGUACAGUAAUUGUAUUCCUUCCUUACAAGGAUUGGAAAGUGGUAUGCUUUGUGCAAGCAUGCCUAAGGAAAUGACAAAAUAAUGGUGCUAUAUUCUGGAAUUUGUGCAUGGAUUUAAAUUGUACAGGAAAGGGAAUAUCCGGCUAUGCAAAAAUGUCUGCAUGUAUUAAUAGUGAAACUAUAAAAUAGUAUAUGCAUAUCAUUUUUAAUGGACCUUCAUUAAAAAUACUUUAGGAUUUUCCUAACAUAAGUAUUUAAAAAUUACUUGUUGGAUCAAAGGCAGGGUGUUCCUAUGGAGACUUUAUUUUUAUGCUUUAAUAUUCUCUUUUAGUCUUUCUUGUAGUGUGUACUCUGAAAACCUGUUACAGUGAUAUUCAUAAGUCCAAGAGGUUUGUAGUGACAUCCUUGGUGAAGCUCUCUUAGCACUUGAAUUUUUCUGCAUUAUAAUCCUGUUUCUUUAUUACUUGAUGUUCCUUGUAAGCAGAAGCAGUUUGAAAUUGAAAAGCACUCCUCCAUUUCAGCUUAACAUAACUUAGGCUGAAAUUGAAAAGCACUCCUCCAUUUCAGCUUAACAUAACUUAAGUAAAUAGGAGUUUGUCAGUUCUUUCUAACUGAAUGCCAUCCUUCCUUUUCAGUGUAAAGCAUUAAUAGGAACACGAUAUUUUUGCAAAGCCUUAGAUGAUCUGCAGUCUGUGAUUGCAUUUGUAAAAAAAAAAAAAAAUAGUGACUUUGUCACUAGUGAACUUUUAUUAUCUGUAAAUAAAAUGUUAUAGAAAUAUUACUCCACAGCAGCCAAUGGUUGGUUUCAUGAUCUUAUUGCCAUAAUGGGCCUAAAUAGCAAGCUUUGGGUCUCUGUGCAUAAAGUGCAAUCUACGAAGUAUCUGAGCCUUGUAUUCUCUUAUUUAUUCUUUUCUCGAUUUUUGUCUCUUUUGAAAUAAGCAAAAAAAUUGUAUUAACUCAUAUGUUCAAUUGUUAAAUCUAAGCAAUAAAAUCAUUGUUAUUUGUCGUUAUAA